UUAGUUGCUACUUCGGCCUGAGCGAAGAGGUGGGUUGGGAAUAGGCCUAAAGUUGAAUUAUUUAUUAGAUCUAUGAUGUUGGUUGUGUGUGAGAGGUUGAAUGGAACAGUUUUACAUUGUUGUAUUCAGGGACAAGCACACUAAAUUAUGUCGAUAAACUGAACACACAAGAAAGCUCAUUUCUCAUUUCAAUGCAUACCAAUGUUGGUUUUAAUUUCAUUUAAGAACUAGAUCUAGCUUCAUAUUUUACAGAAAAUCUCUUACAUUAAAGUUACAUUCCCUAUUAUUAUUCUGAAAGUAGACCUACCCGAAGGAAAGAUGCCAUCUCUUUAAGUUUGAGAGCCAAACACACACACUGUUAGUCGCGGUAUUUAGUGCGACCAGGUAACAUUGAUCUAUUUUUAGACGUCAACACAUGUUUAGUCACUAAAUGCCGGGAGAUCGAUAUCGCUUUCUCUGUCAACUGACGGGAUUGUACGAUUGUUUUUUCACAGCAGUUCUUAAUUUUUUUUUAUACAAACAUGUUUAAUUUCUUAUAGAUACUUUUCUCGAAGGGAUUUAUACGAUAUGAGUGGUUUUAUUGGUAUCAGACCAGCAGUGGCUGCUUUGUUUACGUUUUUCUCCAGCAUCGACGAUCGGUGCGGUGCCAUCGUUCGGUGCCGCUAGUCGCUGAGUGACAUCUUCAUCCGCGCGUCUCAGAACAUCGCAUGUCUCAGAAAACUGAGAACAGAGACGACAUGGAGAUACUGCCUCACGAAACGCAAGAGAAGUAAAAUAUUGUGAGCUGAAAUAUGUCGCUUUGCCCUGAAAUAAACGUUGAUUCAAGUGAGUGCACAACUGAGCUUGACGCGAACAUCGUUGAAGGAUGGCUCAACGUGUGGGAGAUUGACCAUGAGCUGGAGAACCACGUCUUUGGUGCUGGUCGGUACCCAACUCCGCGAUGGGAGCCACACUUCUGUGUGUUGACCUCUGAUGCUUCCAAAAUUGAAUUUCUCAAGAGUGAACAGGAGCGUGUGGAGGAUGAGAAGACUGAGGUGUCAUGUGGCUGCACGCGCGUGCGGCUGGACGGGGGUCGUGAGCACUUCGAGAGGCGCUGGGGGUACAAAACCCUCGCUGUCUUACGGGAGGACACCCAGGGAGGGGGCGGCAGUCCGCUGCCAGGCGCUCAGGAGGAGGGAAAGGCCGAGGGAGGAAGCACAGAGGAGAAGGAGGAGGUGGUGGUGGUGGAAGUGGUCGUGGAGGAUGUGGACGAGGGGGAGAAGGACGCGGCCGCUUCGUCCGACGCUGACAGCGGUGUUUCAACGCCCCCACUGACACAGUUGAGAUAAUCCAGGAGGCAGGCAACGAUCCUGCCUGUCAGGACCAACCCGUGCUGAGAUGGAUACAACGUCUAGAGCUAAGCUGACUGAAAUACCGAGGUACUCAAUAAAAACUCUUCUCACCGGAAUCGAAAUGAGGUCUUUGCAUGCGACGACGAAGUGUCUUACCGCUACACCGAUGUCGACGGGGGCAGAAAACAUCUUUAGUUAUAUGUUACUGUGCUUCCAACGAAAUACACUUUUAGAUAGGUUCAACUGUC